UCUAGUAACCAUGGCUAAAAGGAACGUCCAUUUUCUCUUCCUGAUGUUGUCUUUACUAGGCAUUCACCUCCAAGAAAUCAAUCUCUGCAAUGGAGCUCUAAACUCAAGCUGCAACCCUGUUGAGAGAAGUGCUCUGGUGGAGUUCAAACAAGGCCUCGAAGAUGCUACUAACAGGUUGUCUUCUUGGAUGGGUCAAGACUGCUGCAGGUGGGAAGGUGUGGCAUGCAGCAAUCGCACCGGGCAUGUGAUAAAGCUUGACCUUCGCAAUCCACACCCUUUUUCUGAUGUUGAUUAUCUUCCAUACAACGAGUGGAGUUUAGGAGGUGAGUUGAAUCCUUCUUUACUGGGUUUGAAGUAUCUUAAGUACCUUGACCUGAGCAUGAACUAUUUUGGAGGAGCUGAUAUUCCAAAAUUUAUGGGAUCAUUUUAUCAUCUUCGAUAUCUUAACCUCUCCAGAGCUGGAUUGGGUGGACUCCUCCCUCAUCAAUUUGGUAAUCUCUCCAACCUGCAGUAUCUUGAUUUGUAUAAUGACUUGGAACCGUAUUUCGGAGCUCAAGUUCGUGAAUUUAGAAUUGAUGAUGCAAUCUGGAUUUCUGGGCUUUCUUCUCUGAGGCAACUAAAUAUGGAGAAUGUUAAUCUUCAGAAUGUUAGUAAUUGGCUCCGAGCUCUCAAUACUCUUCCUUCCAUCGAAGAGAUCCAUUUAUCUUCAUGUGGUAUUGAACACGUCCAACUCUCCCUCCCACAUGUAAACUUCACCUCACUUGCUUUGCUUGAUUUGUCUUAUAAUUCUAUUGGCUCUUCAAUACCCACUUGGUUAUUCAAUAUAAGUGGCCUUCAAUAUCUUGACCUUAGUCAUAACAACUUUACUGGUCCUAUUCCAUCCCUCUUUGGAAACUUAGUUUCUCUCAGCGACCUAAAUUUAGCUGAAAACUAUUAUAUAAAAGGGGGGAUACCUAUUUCAUUGAGGAAUCUAUGCAAGCUGCAAAGUUUAAAACUGUGGGGCAUCAAUAUCAGCAUGGAUUUGUCAGAGCUCAAUGUUAUAUUUUCAGGUUGCAUCAAAAUAAGUUUAGAGAUUCUUGAACUGCCUGACGCUGGACUUACUGGUCAGUUACCUGAAUGGCUAGGGGAACUCAAAAGGCUUAGAGUUCUCGUACUAUCUCAUAAUAGAAUUUCUGGCUCUAUUCCUGCAUGGCUCGGACAACUAGUUUCACUGGAAGUACUCUAUUUAAAUAACAAUCAACUUAAUGGGACUAUACCAAAAAGUGUAGGGUGCUUAUCAGAGCUAGUUCAUUUGGGCUUGACCAGCAAUUUUUUAGUCGGUGAAAUGUCAGAAGCACAUUUUGCCAAUUUGACAAAGUUGAAAUAUUUGAGCUUGGCAUUAAACUCCUUGGCUCUAAAGUUUGAGCGUAAUUGGCUUCCUCCUUUUCAUCUUGAGUACAUUGUUAUGGGCUCUUGCAUCUUGGGUCCCGAUUUUCCAGGAUGGCUUCAGAAGCAGGAAAAUAUGACAUUCCUUAUGAUGGCAAAUGUUAGUAUCGUCGAUGAUAUGCCAGACUGGUUUUGGAGCUUGAUUUCUGGAGCACAUUAUGUGGAUAUCUCUAGCAACCAAAUCAGUGGCAGACUACCUAAUUUAGUGCAUUUAAACCAGGUAAGUAAACUUGAUAUAAGUUCUAACAACUUCAGUGGCCUUCUUCCAUAUUUUCCUCAAGGUUUGUAUGUACUAGACGUCCACGACAAUUCAUUCUCAGGGCCAAUUCUCCCUGAAAUCAUCAUGGGUAUGCCAAAUCUCAUCUUCUUAUCGCUCUCCAAGAAUAAUUUAAUUGGUACUAUUCCCUCGUCUUUGUGCCACCUUCAAGGGAUGACCACCCUUGAUCUUUCAGAUAAUCUCUUGUCAGGAAAAUUGCCUGAUUGUUGGAAUAGCUCUUCAGAACUUAAUGUGUUAGAUUUUUCAAUAAACAAUAUUUCGGGAGGAAUUCCUAAAUCAAUAUGUUCACCUCCAUCACUUUAUUCAUUGAAUCUGAACAAUAACAAUCUAUCUGGAGAGUUACCUCUGUCUUUAAAAUAUUGUCAACAACUAGUCAUUCUUGAUGUGGAAUAUAAUGAGCUCAGAGGUGAAAUACCAAGAUGGAUGGGAGGAAGUCUUGCCUUCCUUAUGACUCUCAAAUUGAGAUCCAAUAAAUUGGUUGGAAAUAUUCCUCCCAAUCUUUCAUUACUAAGAUAUCUCCAAGUCCUUGACCUUGCAGAAAAUGAGUUCUCAGGCACCAUUCCGCGAAGCUUUGGAAACUUCAAUGGCAUGAAAGUCGUUAGAAAUACAACUGAAUUGCCCACGGAUUUAUUUGCAAGUACUUAUACGCAGAUUAUGCCAUUUUCAACUAAAGGGAAUAUUCGAGAGUACGAAGAUCUAUCUUCGCUGAAUAUAAUUGAUCUUUCAAAUAAUAACCUGAUUGGUAGAAUUCCUACUGAACUAAUGAACCUAUCAAAAUUGUUCAGUUUGGAUUUAUCUGGAAAUCAUUUAACAGGAGAAAUUCCUGAAAACAUUAGUGCAUUACAACAAUUGGAGUCUCUAGACUUGUCCAGAAAUAAUUUAUCUGGAGGAAUUCCUUCUAGUAUGGCCAAUAUGUCAUCCUUGGAGUUUUUAAAUUUGUCCUAUAACAAUUUAUCAGGCAGAAUUCCAAUCGGUGGUCAACUUCUAACGUUCAGUGAUCCAUUAGUCUACAUUGGAAAUCUUUAUCUAUGUGGGUUCCCUGUAAAUCGAAGUUGCAAGGACAGUGAGACAACACAAACUCCAAAUCGCAUAGAUGACAAGAAUGAAAAUGAAAUGAUAUGGCUAUACACAAGUUUUGCUCUCGGAUUUCUUACAGGAUUUUGGAUAAUUUGGGGGGCAUUGCUACUGAAGAAAAAUUGGAAGAUUUGCUAUUUCAGAUUUAUCGACAACACAUAUGACAAAGUUUACGUGUGGAUUAUGCUGAAGCUACCUAGAAUGUCAAACAUAUUAUUGUACUUAUGAAUAUGUUUGCUGAUGGAUACCUACCUACCUUUAGAAAUUUGCUCUUUAGUAACUCAUCAUCAUACACUAGUAUGAUAGUGCUAUCUUUCACUUGCUUUGUAGCCCAUCUAUAAGAAGUAUUUAUCUUAAAAGAUGCAUUUAUCUUACAUUACUCCCGUUCUAGUUCUAAUUCUAGUUCUAGUGGUGAUCAAAUUUCUGGGAUC